CCAUCAACUUGGUUCGAAGCCUUCGAGGAUGAGCCAGGAACGGCCGAGGAGGGCUCAACUGAACCAGGCCGAGGCCUACGCCCAUGUUCAAGGUGAGCCCAUCAAGUACGGGGACGUGUUUAACGUCCAGGGGGAGCUGGCUCGCGAGCCAAUUGCACCCCGGGACGCUGCCAUGAUGCAAGCCGCCGAGAACCUGGUCAUGGGCCAGACGCAGAAAGGUGGCCCUGCUGCCGUCAUGCAGUCGGCUGCCAAACGCAACGAGCGGGCCGGGCUCGUCGGCCACCGCGAUGUCAGCGGCCUUCCGGCCGACCAGGGCGUCUCUGUCACCGAGACCGACCUCCCCGGCCGCCGCGUCGUCGCCGAGUCUGUGGGCGGACAGAUGGUGGGAAGGUAUGAGACGCCGGCGCCGGUGAGUAUGGCGACGCCGGAGGGGGCUUUGCGAGGCGAUGCAAUUACUAUCGGAGAAGCUCUCGGGGCGACGGCGAUGACUGCAGGGGGGAAGCCGGUGGACGAGAGCGAUGCGGCGGCGUUGCAGGCAGCGGAAGUGAGGGCGACAGGGCGGAAUGAAGUUCUGCCGGGGGGUGUCGCCGCGGAGGCGCAGUCGGCAGCGGACGCCAACGCCCGCGUGAUGCGCGACGAGGACAAAGUCAAGCUCACAGACGUUGUCACUGAUGCGACGACGAAGCUUCCGGCGGACAAGGCGGUGACACGGGAAGACGCGGAUCGGGUGGUCGGAGCAGAGAUGCGGAACAGUCCGGACAUGGCGACGCAUCCGCAGGGAGUGGCGGCGAACGUGGCAGCGGCGGCUCGGCUCAAUCAGAACCGGCAGUCUUAGGCUUAAAACGGGCGUCAGUUUUCGUAGUGAAAAAUAGAUGAUAACAGUGGAAAAAGGAGUGGCUUGUUAUAAGUCUUAUGUAUCUGUGUGCAACUGUUUCAUGUAUGUGAGAACUUUAAUCAAGUGCUAGUUUUUUUGGUCAAGUUUAG